ACUAACUAACGUAGUAAGAUAUAUAAAUAUGUAAAUAAAUAAUUAAAGGAAACAUAUACUUUGUUAAGGCGACUAAAUUUAAUCUUAAUAAUUUAACAUUAAUUUCUAAUUAAGGUAGUAAGAUAUGUAAAUAUGUAAGUAGGAAAAAGGAAACACAUGUUUAAUUAAGUUGACUAAGAUUAAUUAUAUAUGUAAAUAUGUGACUGACGUGAAAAAAUUGUCUUUUUAUAUAAAAAUAUUUUUAAUGCAAAUAAAGUUGAAAUUUUUUAUAAUAACAAAUUAAAUUCAUUAAAGAUAUCAGAGUAAUAAACUAUCGUGAGAAUUAACAUGAGCGUGACACAUAGUAAACUGACUUCUCAAAUAAUAUUAUAGAGAUUUAUAUAAUUACAUCAUUAACAAUUAUUAUUAAUUUGUAUUUACAAGAAAUUUGACAGUUGUCUAGAAAACACUUUUCCGUUUUUAAUCUGUUGACUUACUAAUUCUUCUUAGGGCUUCUUUUAAACGUGUAUAUAUACGCAUAUUCGUUGAAAAGUAUCAGAUAUAAAUACAAUAAGCUUUGGUUAGAAUACCUAACGCUGGUUUCACAGCUUUGUAAGGAACUAAUCAGACAUCACAAGUUGACAUGGAUGAAGGAAAGAUUCCAGAGAACGCCAACGAGCAUAAGCAAUAUCAAAUCCAAUCUUUCAGCGUCUUUUUUUGCUUGAGAUACUCAUGGGUUCUUUAUUCUAUGUUUUAACCUAAUAAUUGCUUUAUUGUUCUUUGUUAUGCAUGGUGAUAAUAGAUUGCCCAGGUCCCCUAGCCGAAACUGCUGGAAAGUCAGAGUCUUGCGCAGAUUGCCCUAAUCAACAAGCAUGUGCCACUGGCACUGCUCCUACGGGACCUGAUCCAGAUUUGGUUGCUAUAGCUGAAAGAAUGGCUUCCGUGAAGCACAAGAUACUGGUUCUUUCUUGCAAAGGAGGGGUUGGUAAGAGCACAUUCUCAGCUCAGCUCUCGUUUGCCCUAGCAGGAAUGGGCCAUCAAGUAGGCCUGAUGGACUUAGAUAUAUGCGGGCCAAGCAUGCCGAAAAUGUUAGGACGCGAAGGGCACCUGCUUCACUAUAGCAACUACGGAUGGAGCCCGGUUUAUGUGGAACCCAACCUCGGUGUCCUGUCCAUAUCAUUCACGCACUCCGAGUCUGAUGAUGAGCCUGCCAUCUGGAGAGGUCCACGCAAGAGCGCUCAAAUCAAAGAGUUUUUGAAAGAAGUUGACUGGGGAGAUCAUAUUGAUUACCUUGUGGUUGAUACCCCACCAGGCACCUCAGACAAACACAUCACCAUCGUCCAGUGUCUUUUAGACACGGGGAUCGAUGGUGCUAUCAUCGUUACAACUCCCCAGGAAGUCGCCAUGGCCGACGUUAGAAAGGGAGUGAACUUUUGCAAGAGAAUUGGGGUCAAUGUGCUAGGUGUAGUGGAGAACAUGAGUGGUUUAAUUCAACCGUUGAGUGAUGUCAAGUUCAUGAAGCUGACGACAGAGACCGGCUCUUCCGUUGACGUGACGCAAGACAUGAUCUCUUGUAUACGAGAGAAUGCACCUGAGCUUCUAGAUGGUGUCUUUGCAUGGAGCCAAGUGUUUGACAGCAGCGGAGGAGGUGCUGAGAGAAUGUGUGAGGAGAUGGGAGUGCCGUUUCUAGGGAAAGUUCCUUUGGAUCCACAGCUUGGCAGAGCAGCUGAGCGAGGUAAGUCAUGCUUUGAGGGUAACAAGUGUUCUGUCAGCGCGCCUGCGCUUAAGAGCAUCAUAGAGAAAGUUGUUGCUUCCAUAAAGAUGAAGGAAGACCUGAGUGGAGGAGAGAACAAAGAGACCCCAUAAAUCGAUGUGACAGCAGCGUUUUUUCUAUAUAAGUGAGAGCAGCCUUUGUUUGUGUUAAGGUGUUUUAUGUAAGUUUUUAGGCAUUACUUCACAUGUCGAACAAGAGUUUUGAACUACAACGUCUAAGAUAAAACAAACAGAUGAAAGACAGAAACAAGAAUUAGAUUUAACCGAAAUUGAAUCUAAAUAGGUAUGUACUGAAGAAAAUCUUCUCAACAUGAACCGACACACAUGUUAGGUAAUUCUUUGUAAAACCUGAUCCUAGAUAGGUGGUUUAUAUAUAUAUCCAAAAUAAAUUGGACAACAACUCAACAAGAUGUGUAUCAUGCGAACUAAGAUUGUGAAACCCGUUAUGUGAAACACCUAGAAAGUAUUCAGACUAUCUCGAUAAUUUUUGCGUGCUUCACAGAUUUCACAAUUUUGGUUUGAUAUCCAAAUUUAUCUCUAAUAGUUUACAUUUGCAUCCGUAAUUCAUGUGUACAGGCUUGUAUCUUCUUUAAUCGCAUAUUUGUUAGCCGCAAGCCUGCAACCAUCAAUCACUUUGCUUUACAUGUUAUUACAGUAUGAAAAUAGUUAUCAGUCUCUUUUUUUUUUUGUAAGCUGUUAUCAGUCUCUUUUUUAUAUUGUAAUUUCAGUCUGUUUUUAAUAAAGAAAGCAUGCAAGGUUUCGUUUCUUGAUUAUUCAGUACGAAAUUCAGGCCUAACAAUGCUACACUCAUAUGCAUGGCCAUUACCCAACACAAGCCAGCCCUGCAGCAAUUUGUAACAAACCCUUCAAAGUAUUGUAAUUUUACCUGUCUAACAACAGCUUACCUAUGAAAUUUAACGACCAAUUAACAACGAUUGUUUAUGAGGACUUUACAACGAAAGAAAAACUUUACAAAUGUAUGACUAUGCUUCUGUAAUGUCAAAAGAUUAACUAAGAAUUAUGAUUCGUUGUUAAUUCGUCGUUUUUAAUUCAUCGUAAUCCCCAGCUAAUGACAAAUGUAGCUGUCGUUAUGUGCAUGCUUUCUUGUAGUAAUAUCGCUGAAAGGUAAAAGAUUAAUUCUAAAAUAUGAUUAAAUUGCAUAUUUAAUCAUAAUCGUACUAAACAGAAAUUCAAUAAAUCG